AAAGUGCGAUUUUUUCAACAUCGCGACUUGCGACAGCGAUUGUCGUUGUCACGUGCUAGAUCUAAAUUUAAAAAUAACGUGUAAUCAUAGCAGUCUUGACGUCGUUGCAUUUUAGAAAAACACCAAUAAAAAACAAAUUUCGUGCGAUGCACUUGUAAAUCUUCCCUCCGAAAAGUUAAUUAAUCGAAUUGGGUUUAUGGAAGAAUAAACAAUUCAUUGUGUGUUCCGUGUUAAAGUGCGUUUCCUGAAUCUCAUCUUGUGACAUGAUAUUACCCGUCGGUUGCACAACUUUAUCAAAGGUGCUGCUUAUUUUAAUAGCUGGCGUUGAUUGUAUGCCCGCAGUUUUCGACCUCAACGGUCUGGCAACCAUGGAGGUCCCCUAUGGAGGCGACGUUGUCAUCGCAUGCAGAAGCAACGAUCAAAAUCACAAUUUUUGGUAUUGGAAUGUGCCCAACAAAGACAUAAUCAUAAGUGCUACGAAUACGGACUAUGACCAGUCCAAAUUCAGAUUUGCUAUUUUGUCCGGAAAUUUGACUGUUAAGUCGUUAUCAACCUCAGACGAGGGAAUUUACAGUUGCGUUUCCCAAGGAAUUCGUGAAAACGGCAUAAGCAUAAAUAAAACUAGAAUUGUUGUCCUGAAGGAUUGGGAAGAGGUUUAUGACAACGACCCUACCGUAAAUCUUUUCAGAAUAGUCAUAGCUAUAGCUAUAUUAGCAAUAUUAGCAAUGGGUUCCUAUUUAAUAUAUAAAAUAUGGAGAGAUCGGUACAGAUUCCCAAGUUAUUUGCAGGAAGUCGAUAACGAAGAAGAUGAUGAUGAUAGUGCAGAAGAACUGUUUCGAGCUCCGGGACCUUCCCGAACUACUUCGAAAAGGGAGGGAAAUAUCGUUUUGAAUAAGGACGAUGAUCUAGAAUUUGAAAACCCCACCAUAAGCACGGACUUCACCAGCAUAUUGGACAGGGCCAACGACAAAUAAAAUUUUUUUAAUUAAUUUGCCCAUCAGUUAAUUAGUUAAUAUUUGUAAACUUUUGUGUAUAGUAUUAUUGUAGAGUGGAUUAUGUAUUAAAAAAAUUAUUAAACUAUUAUUUAUUUAUA